AUGGAAGCCACAGAAACCGGCUCGGAUCAACAAUACUGGUGGAGGACGUGCGAGCCCGCGCUCUCGGGCCUGCUCGACUUCACCGGCAGCUACACGGCCGAGGAAAAACAGGACCAUCUGGCGUGGUUUUCGCAGCACGUCGUACCGUGGUUCGGCAAGCCGCACUCGAGCACGACCGGCAUUUCCCUGACGCGGGACAAGUCCCCGGUCGAGGUGAGCCUGAACCUGAGCACGCACGGCCCGGCCCGCGUGCGCUUCGGCAUGCAGGUCAUUGGGGGCGUCGGCGUCGACGCUUUUGACGUGCCCAACCGGACCAAACUACUCGCGCCUUUGUUUGCCAGCGCCGACCCCGACCAUGACCUGCAGUGGUUCCACAGCGCCGGUGAAGUUUUGGUGUCCACGGACCCGGCCGAGAUCGCGCGCGCCAAGGCCCUUACUCCUCCCGGCAUGAAGACCCAGCCGCCCACCCUCGCCCUCGGUUUCGACAUGGACGGGUCCCGGCGCAGGCUUAAAACCUACCUUUUCCCCUUGGUCAAAAGCUGGGGUACGGGAACGCCCAGCGAGGCGUUGGCAUGGCGGGCCAUCCGCGGCCUGCGACCCCGCGGCAACGAGCUGAUCACGGCGGUGGAUAUGUUGGAGGAGUACUUUGCUACCGGCUGUCCCGAGAAGAUGGUGCUGGUCAUGAUUGGGCUCGACUGCCGGGACCCCAGCAGCCUGCCGCCAGCAACGCAGCCGAGGGUCAAGGUGUACGGAAACGUAUACACGUCCAACGCCUGGAACGUGGUCUCGCACGUCUACACACUCGGCGGCAAAAUGACGGACCCAAACCGUAUGACCGGCCUGAUUAAGCUUAAAUCCGUGUGGCACCUGCUAUUGGGCGAGGAGGAGCCUCUGCCCGAAGGAUACAGCAAGCCGCUGAGGGAUCCUACAUCUCCGCAUGGCGCUUUUACCACAAGCUUUGAACUAAGCCCUGGAUGUGCUGCGCCGGAUGUAAAGAUCUACAUCUCCGUGUGGCAGGGUGUUGAGAGCAUGCCAGAUGGACGAGCUAGCAAAGAUAACACCAAGGCCUUGUUGUCAAGUAAUUGGGCGUUUGAGUAA